UGUGUGCGUCCAGCGUGCGCGGUUUCUCUGGUGGGCGCUUUGGCAGUGCGGUACUCAGGAGAAUGGAGAAGACCUGUGAAAUGAAAUACAAAAUCAUGGACAGCCCUUUGGGGAAGGUAGAGAUGUCUGGUUGUGAGAGCGGGCUGCACGGGAUAAAGCUGCUUGGCCAGAAGAGUCCAGGAGCCCACCCCAGUGUGGCCACAGCGUCUCUCGAGGAAACAGCGGAGCCGCUGACCCAGUGUGCAGCCUGGCUGGAGGCCUAUUUCCAGGAUCCCGCGGCCGUCGAAGGGCUCCCCUUGCCUGCUCUCCACCACCCCAUCUUCCAACGAGACUCCUUCACCAGACAGGUGUUAUGGAAGCUGCUGAAGGCUGUCAAAGUCGGAGAGGUGGUUUCUUACCAGCAGUUAGCGGCCCUGGCGGGCAACCCCAGAGCAGCGCGGGCAGUGGGCGGCGCCAUGAGGAACAACCCGGUCCCCAUCCUCAUCCCGUGCCACAGAGUGAUCAGCAGCAGUGGCGCUGUGGGCAACUACUCCGGAGGGCUGGCCGUGAAGCAGUGGCUGCUGGCCCAUGAGGGUGGCCAGGUGGGGGCCGACCUGUUGGGGGCACGGGCGCAGCUGAAGGCGGGCACUGCGCACCAGGAGGUGCCAGCUGAAGCAAAGUAAAUAUCUGAGAGGCACGGAGGCGCAGCUCUGCAUCGGCACCAGAGCAUGGCAGCCCACUGCAUUAAAAGCCCAGUGUCCUGGG